GAUGGUUUUAUUUUAAUUUUCACCCUUUGUUUCACCUUGCUGUUCUGUUAUGGUAAGUAAAAAGCUUAUGGAGUCAAUAGUUCCUUACUUUUGCCAUGAAAUGAAGUUUACUAUGUCACACAGGAAACCACAGAAUCACAUGAGACCUGCGUUUAAAGUCAUUGCAGUGCACUCACUACAGCAUAUGAGCACUCGAAGCAGAAAUGAAAGGCUUAUACUGUUUCGUUGUUUGGAUAUUUUCCUCCAUAAUAUGGACUGGAGCAGUUUCUAGAGAACCAAAUUGUCAUUCAGUUCUGGACUAUUGUAUGGAAUCUGGAGAUGUUCUACUACAGUGUAUGGAACAAAAGAUGAAAAUCUGCGCUGGUGGGAUGACUCGUUUUUCUACACCAAACUAUUUUUUUAAAAGCAUUGACUCCUCAGAGAAAUCACUAGAUACAGAAAUAGGAUACGUAAUCAACAUCUCAGAUGAAGCGCUGCAAAGAAGCAGAGAUGGACUGGACAAUAGUAGCAGUGAAGAUGUUAAGUUGAAAGUCUAUCUUCUUGAUGAAAACUUGUUCAAAAUAACCAGCAGUUCAGAAAUUAAGGAAGGAAAUGACCUUAAUGGGUCAGACCCAAUAUUGCUUAAGCAAAGUGUGUUGGGAGUUUGGCUUGGUACGACUGAAGUGAACAACCUUUCUCAGCCUGUUCAGCUCAAAUUCAGAAACACCCAGAACCAGACUGAAAAUGGAAUCUGUGUCUUUUGGCAUCUCGAGAAAAACGGCGGAGGAAACUGGAGUACAGAUGGCUGUAAGACUAGUAUCGACAAUGGAGACUUUGUGUGCAGCUGUAACCAUCUAAGCUUUUUCGCAGUCCUCAUUAGUCCUCAAAUUCCAGAGGAGUCUCAUAUUAUCCAUCUCAACUACAUUUCAUAUGUUGGCUCUGCCCUUUCUAUAGCAUUCACAGCCCUCAUAAUCGUCUUGUUUCUGUGCCAGAGGAAGAAACAAUGCGAGCAUUCACUCGUCAUCCAUGUGCAGCUCUCCGGUUGCUUAUUCUUGCUGCACAUCUUGUUCUUGUGCAGUGUGUGGUUUUCAGGCCAUAGUGACACUGAUUCAGUGUGUCAGACUAUAGGCCUUCUUCUGCACUGGUGCCUUUUAGCCACCUUCACCUGGACGGCCAUUGAAGGCUUCCAUCUGUACCUGUUGCUGGUGCGGGUCUUUAACAUCUACAUCAAGAGAUACCUGCUUAAACUAAGUCUCGUAGGAUGGGGUAUACCCACCAUUACAGUGAUGAUAUGCGGCGUGACUAAAGUGUAUGGAAAAUAUACCUUCUACAAGGAUCAAGAAAAUUCAACAGCCACAUCGCUAUGCUGGGUGACCACAAAGACAGUAAUCUACAUUACAGUAAAUGGCUAUCUGGGGCUGGUGCUGCUCUUCAACAUGGCUAUGCUGGCAGUGGUUGUGGUAAAGAUGCGUCAGUUAAGACUGCAGAAUGUACAAAUAGACCAUCAGAAGAGGGCAUGGAAAGACUGCGUGUCUCUGCUGGGGCUCUGCUUUGUUCUGGGAGUGCCGUGGGGUCUGGCCUUCUCAACGCAUGGACCUCUGAGUCUCCCAGCGCUGUAUGUUUUUACCAUCCUCAACAGUUUUCAAGGUGUCUAUAUUUUCCUGUGGAUAUUGACUCUCACGUGUAAAGCACGGAAGGAGAAACAAACCUCAUCCAAAGGCACCAUCCAGGUCAGCUACCUGAGUAAUGAGGAAUAUGUGACUUCCAAAACAAACAACAGCUGAUUACACCGUAGAGUUUCUGACUCUUCGGUAGCAUUAUUAUUACUUUAUAGUAUUAUUAUUAAUGGUUUUUGACACAUUUGGACUUUUGGGGGUCCACGAGUCCCAGGGGCCUGCAAGGGAGCGUCAUGUAAGCCUACUUUUGUGGAGGAAAAUAUUUAUUUUUAGUCGAUCUGUUUUUCAAUGAUGUUUAAUUCAGGAAUAGUUUGUAUUAAAGCAAAAAUAUUUUAUAAAUCUAAAAUGGUUUUAACACUGGAUAGGAGAAACCCUGUUGACUUUUUUAUCC